CUUCAUUGCUGGUUGCUCACACAAGCCAGCUCACAACCAAAGAGCUCCUGUGUCUCUCUCACACUUACCGGGCUUUAAACCAGAACUUUACCUCUGAAAAAAAUCAUUACUCCACAGGAACGUAUUGCUCAAGUCUAAAGGAAGAGGAGCAGCAGGUGUUUCAGCAGCACCUUUAAGGUGUCUUCAUCACAUUUGACUCAAGUUCCCGCACUUCUAUAACACAUCUGAAGACCCAGCGGCAGCUAUGACUCAGAGCAAUGGGGAGAACCCACAGAGGACCCGGAACGGGCUGCAGCAGAUCAGGGCCGGGAUCCAGUCCCGAUCACUGCUGGCCAAGAAGAGAGUGGAGAGCAUCACAAAGGAUGAUUUGAUAGGAUUCUUUACGAGAAAUGCCUUUGUCAUCUUUACCGUCGCUGCUGUCAUCAUUGGCAUUAUCCUGGGAUUUGCCGUGCGGCCUUACAAACUGUCUUACCGGGAGGUGAAGUUCUUUUCGUUCCCUGGAGAGCUGCUGAUGAGAAUGCUUCAGAUGCUCGUGUUGCCCCUGCUGGUUUCCAGCCUUAUCACAGGUAUGGCAGCUCUGGACGGCCGUGCUUCUGGGAAAAUGGGUAUGCGGGCAGUUGUGUACUACACCACCACCACUGUUAUUGCUGUGUUCAUUGGUAUCGUCAUGGUGCUCAUCAUUCAUCCUGGACAAGGAUCAAAGGAUGAGUUCACCAACCAGCAGCAGAUUGAGCAGGUCAGCCCUGCUGACGCCUUCCUGGACUUGAUCAGAAACAUGUUUCCUCCCAACCUUGUGGAGGCUUGCACCAAGCAGUUCAAGACACAGUAUGCCAAAAGAGUAGUCCAUGUGAAAAUGAUUGUGAACGACACCAUAUUCACACUUAAUGGUAGCGAGGUGACGCAGGAGGAGAUGAUCCCUGUGCCUGGAGCGGUCAAUGGAGUCAAUGCUCUUGGCUUGGUUGUGUUCUCUAUCUGCUUCGGUCUGAUCAUCAGCAGCAUGGGGGAGCAGGGGCAGCCCCUCAAGGACUUCUUUGACUGUCUUAAUGAAGCCAUCAUGAGGCUGGUUGCCAUAAUCAUGUGGUAUGCCCCCAUCGGUAUCCUGUUCCUGAUCGCUGGUAAGAUCGUGGAGAUGGAUGACAUCACAUCUAUGGGUGGACAGCUGGGGAUGUACACUGUGACGGUCAUUUGUGGCCUGCUCAUUCACGGCCUCUUCGUCCUGCCAACCCUUUACUUCCUCAUCACCAGGAAAAACCCCUUUGUUUUCAUCGGCGGCCUGCUGCAGGCACUCAUCACCGCCUUGGGAACAUCCUCAAGCUCUGCCACAUUGCCCAUUACUUUUAAAUGCCUGGAGGAAAACAACAAGGUGGACAAGCGUGUGACUCGUUUUGUGCUCCCUGUCGGCGCUACCAUAAACAUGGAUGGAACAGCUCUGUAUGAAGCCCUGGCUGCCAUCUUUAUUGCUCAGGUCAAUAAUUAUAACCUUGAUUUUGGACAAAUUCUCACCAUCAGUAUCACAGCCACAGCUGCGAGUAUUGGAGCAGCUGGAAUCCCUCAGGCAGGACUGGUCACCAUGGUGAUAGUGCUAACGUCUGUAGGCCUGCCCACUGACGACAUUUCGCUCAUCAUCGCUGUCGAUUGGUUCUUGGAUCGACUGCGCACCAUGACCAACGUCCUUGGAGACUCCAUCGGUGCAGGUAUAGUGGAGCACCUUUCUCGCCAUGAGUUGCAAAAGAAGGACCCUGAGGUGGGAAACUCGGUGGUGGAGGAGGCAGACAAGAAGCCAUACCAGCUCAUCUGCCAGGAGAAUGAGUAUGAGAAUGAGAGGCCUGCUAACAGCGAGACCAAGAUGUAGGUUUUUGUUCGGGUCGCUUACAUUAAAUUGAUCGACAGCUAGAAUAUAUUUCAACCAAGAUGAGUUGUGUGAGCUUCCCAGACAGAUGGUUCACUGUUGCUUUGUUUUUUUUUUUUUUUAAAGUUUGUACUAUGGUGUUUUCUAAGAGUACCAUGUGUUUCUGCCAUAGGAUGGCAGCUAUUUACUAUUGCAGCAAUAAUGAAUUACUCUUGAGCUUGUUGCUCUGUGGCCUGCAUGCCAUAUCCAACUCCUCUCAGAACUGUGAUGAUUGAUCUUCCCCACUAGAGGCCAGUACUGCUGGGAAGAUUACGGCCCAUACUUUAUUUUUUUCUGGCUUUAAAGUUGUCACUUUUGUUUUGUGUGAGUGGUGUUGUAUGUAGGUGAAAUGGUUGUAAAAAUCUGUUUGGAGACUGAUGUGUUUGAUACCAUGCACAUACACUAGGGUGACCAGACCAACUUUUUUGGGGGAAAGGGCUGCUUAUUUGCGAACUUCUGUAUAGACAUUAGUGGCUUUAUUUUCAAUGAUUUGGCGAAGGAAUUAUGUAAUUUAACCUAACACAGCAAUACCUGUCCAACACAGGAAUUGUUACAGCUUUCAGAAUAUUUUGACAACUAUCCAGCCCCUUCUUGUGACACAUACUGCUCAAA